AUGGAGGAAGAGAAGCACAAGUUUAUAAUCCCAAGCCAUGAGCGGCGGCCCCAGCCCGCAACCGUCACCAUCGAACCGACCUCGCUGCAGAGCCAUGACGCACAAUCGCCGAUAGAGUCUCCCGAGAUCCAGCAAGUCGAGUCGUUUCCGCAGCACACGUACCCCCAGAACGCCCACCUCCGAGACAAUCCAGAUGCGUCGCCGCCAUACCCAGAGUCGAGGAUCAGCUCGGAGGCGCCUGUCGCACCAGUCGCCGCCGCACGACGUGUCCCGGCGCCGGCAGUGGCGCCGUCCGACCCCGAACGGCAGCAGCAGGGAAUGCUGGCGGGCUGGAGGCAGAGGUUCGAAGGAGACAGAGAGAACGGCGGGAAGCCCAGAAAAACGAUACUAGGCCUGACCGUCCUUCGAUUCUGGGCCGCGGUCGCCCUGGGAAUCAUCAUCGUCGGCGUCGCCAUCGCCGUCGGCCUGGCGCUGGGUUUAGCCAACCGACCCUCCAACGACUCGGACGAGGUCAAGCCCGUCACCCAGACCCUCGGCGUCCCCUCGCCGGCCCCGAUCAACCCGUACUGCCCUCGACCGACACCGGGCAUAAACACAACCGUGACGCCCUACGACGCCUCGGGCUCGCCCAUCCGCUUCAACAACGACCAGGUCAUGUCCUUCGACGUCCUCUGCAACACCUUUUACCCGCAGCGCCAGGGCAUCAACCCGCAGCUGCGCGACAUCCUCGUCAUGACCGUCCCGGACAUGCUCACCUGCAUGACGCUGUGCGCUCAGUACAACCAGGGUUACAGCGAUGCCGUCGGCGAUGACGUGUUUUUGGACGGGGGCGGUAUCUGUGUCGGCGUCGGGCUCGUCAAGGGCGUCGCGCAGUUCUGCCACCUCAAGAAUGCGACGGGGGUCAACGCCACGGAGGCGGCGGGCGGCUUCGACGUCGACAGCGCGGUGCUCACCGGCGACUGGACGCACAUGACGACCAUCGAGCAGAUCCUGGCGUUUGGGGGGAACGUGGAGGUCACCUCCAACGCGACUGCUACGGUCGGGUGA